AUGAUCAAGAGGAUACGCAGCCAAAGAACUUUGUCUCGGUACUUGCUAUACUACGCAGGCCUACUAAUAAUAGCAACGCAAUGCCGGUAUACCACCGGACAAGCACAAUUCUUCACGGCCGUUCCGUCCACUGAAACAGGCACAGAAGAGUCUGUUCCAACGGCAGAACCAACGACUCCAUUCCCGUCGGCACUACCCACUGUUAGCAACAUGCCUUCCAGGUCUGCAAGGCCAACGGGGUAUCCCUCCAUUAUGCCCACGAAUUACCCAAGUGUCAGUUUUCAGCCAUCUAGAAAACCCUCUCAAGUGCCUUCACUGGGUCCAACGACUUCCAAAGCACCUUCACUUUCACCAUCUUUCUCUAUAAGACCUUCCAAGUCACCUUCACUUACUCCCACAGACCUGCCAAGUUGGUUGCCUUCCUUAGAUCCUACCGAAAUACCGUCUCAUAGUCCCACCAAUUUCCCUACUGCCAGUGCUCAACCGUCUUUUCAGCCAUCAAUUGCACCCACCAAUAGUCCAGAACCAUCGGAUCAACCUUCUGAUGUACCCACGGUCAGCUCCGCACCUUCCAGUUCUCCUUCAGGAACUCCUACCACCAGUCAAAGCCCGUCCGCACAACCCAGUCUCAGCAGUAGGCCUUCCAUAUCUGUACAGCCCAGUUUUGAACCAUCUUCCACACCUUCUUCACAACCGUCCGUUUCCUCAAGACCGUCCAUGGCGCCUUCUGUAUCUCAUGCCCCAACCGCAUCCAAACAACCCUCUGAUCAACCUAGUGAUGUUCCAUCCGAUGUACCCUCCAUGGUCCCAACCGUAUCCGCAUUCCCCAGUACCGAACCAAGCGAAUCACCCUCCCGACUGCCUUCCACAAGUCCCUCUUACAGUCCAUCGGCACUCCCCAGUGCCGCACCCACGUUUACACCCACCAAUGUCACACGCGUCCUUGGAAUGGUCAUUCAGGGACUCGACACUUGGAGAGUUACAAACCUUCAUGCCGAUCAAUUUGCACAACUCAUUGACAAUCACACCAUGCAAUUCUUUGGACCACAACAAUCUACCAAUUGGGCAACGGUCGUUUACGCAUCCUCCACCAGAUACGAACGAGCCAUUCGACGACCAUCGCCAUUUUGGGGCGAUUUGAGAAAUGAAUUCUUGGAUAUCACAUCGGCUCCCACAUCUGCGGUAGUAUCGCAAUUGCCAGAAAUACCGGGAGGUACCAGACGGUCGUCCUUUGAUAAUACAAGACAAUCCACAGUCUUUGAUAUCAUUGGAGAUAACAACAACAACAAUACUCAAACAGACACCUUGUUGCCAACCACGGCACCGACAUUUGAUUUUAUUCUAGUUGCCGAUGACGAUGAUGACAAUAAUAACACAACGAUCGGCGAACAUAAUGAAACAAUCAACAUUACAGUAGCUCCGUCUGCGAAUCCGACAGUUUCUCAUGAACCCUCCAUGACUCCUUCAAGAGCGCCGUCGAUUGCACCCUCCAUGACCAUUACUCCCUCACUCAACCCCACAGCAACCUACGCACCCUCUCAUCAACCAACAUCACUACCGGGAGUACAGACAAACCAAGUCUGGUACGAACAAACCAUUGUCUACGGAGAACGAUUUGCACCCUUUAAUGAUACCGAAGGCGCCUUCAAUGACCCACGGACAACCUCCAUUGACGAAAUAUUCCAAUUGCCGUUCAUGAUUGACCAAACCAGAUUCACAGAAGAACUCAUUCGAAUCAUCAACAACCAGCUGCCGAUUGUGGUCGAGUUUGUAGAGGUUCGAACCACCGAAUCUGCCGCUCCUUCGGUAUUUGAGAGCCCCGAACCGUCGGAUGUACCCUCUGCUGUGCCCACCGGACAACCCUCUCCCGCACCGUCGGUGGAAGCCACAGGAGGAUUGACCACAACGGCAAUCAUUGUAGCCGUGACGGUGCCCGUCGUCGUGGUGCUAUUGAUUGCCUUUGCCGGGAUUAUCUAUGUGACACGCGUCGACCAUGACGAACUGCUUCGUUCAGCUCCUCACGAGGAAGAGUCCACGUACGGAGAAGAUUUGCCGGUACCGGUUCCCUUUCCACUCGACCCAAACGUACCACCCGGAGAAGGAGGAGGCAGUGGAGUAAUGGCCGGUGGUGGCAGUGGCGCAAUGGGUCGUGGGGGUACGCCGGGAGCGGGUGGCGCCCAUGGAACCUCCGAAGAUGUGAACUAUGGAAGACCGGCUGUAGACCCGCUAAUUGAACCGUCGGAACUCUUGGCGGUCAGCCAACAUCUGCCUGACACUCCCACCGUUGGGGAAGAUCAUCCUCCCAUUGUCACGACACGAGGACGAGCCAACAGUGGAAACUCCAUCGGCAUGAUGCAAAGCGUGAGCGCCAUAUCGGAGUUCAGCGCUCAUACGCCCGAUGACCGUAAUCGACGUGUUCCGCAGGGAACACCCCUGGGAACACCUGGAUACCUGUCUGCCUCAGGGACGCCCUUGCCCCCUGCCCCGCCAACUCCUCAACGUUUGGGCCGUGCUGUCUCCGCCGGGGGCAUUCCGUCUACUCCGACCGAGAGACAUUCUCCGUUUCAAGCAGUUCGGGGUGGCAUUCCUACAAUUCCCACAUCACAAUUGGGAAGCUCGGAAGCCUCCUUUGUCCCAAGUGGAGGUGGCAGUCCUGGCGUAACCACGCCCGGUGGCGGCCCUGAUGAUGGGCCACCGGCAGGUCUGGAUGAUUCUCAACAGCAGGUUGCGGUUAGCGAAUCCGAGGAAUCCGACAGUGAGGACGAUCCUUUCCACUUGGCUGGCUUCAAUCUACAAAUCCAGGACAUUGACGAUUUUCAAUAG